AAAAACAACUUCUGGUUUCUUCUACACCAAAACACCAUCCGAGUGCCUGAGCCACCAAAUCGCUUCUUUCUUACACUUGUUAUUGCAUCAAUGGCAGCUUCUGUUUCUCUCUCCACCGCUCUGUCGCUGUACAAUCCCAACAACUUCUCUCUUUCUUCUUCUUCAAGACCCACUAAUAAUUUAUCUAUUCAAAGCACGAGCAGUCAACAAUUUUGUAUUUUUAGAAAACCCUCUUCGAGAACUGUUUUUUCUUCUUUUCCUGCCGUGAAUGCGCAUGGGAAAUUUGGGAAUUCCAGAAUUGUAAACGAUGCACCUACGAAUUGCAGGCGUUCUAUCUUCAGCCCUUCUGUUUCAGCCCAGCAACAAAAUCAACCCUACCAAACAAACGAUGAAGACGGAUCUAGUUCAGAUGAGCCGUCAGCUCUUCCAUCCAGUUUGAAGUCCGUCUUGAAGGCAUAUAAGGAAGCCAUUUUAGAUGGAGAUCGAAAGUUUACAUACGAAGUCGAAGAUCUGCUAUUUACAAUGGAAAAGGAGAAAAUUGAGCUGUCACACAAAGUUUUAGCUUUAUCCGCAGAGAUAUCUUCGGGCAAGGAAAAGUUACUUCGUUUGCAGGCCGAUUUCGAUAAUUACAGAAAAAGAUCAGAAAAGGAGAGAUUGACAGUAAGGAGUAAUGCUCAAGGAGAAGUGAUCGAAAGCCUCUUGCCGAUGGUGGAUAGUUUCGAGAGAGCCAAACAACAGCUCAAACUAGACACUGAGAAAGAAAAGAAGAUCGAUACAAGUUAUCAGGGCAUAUAUAAACAGCUUGUUGAAAUUAUGAGGAGCUUGCGUGUAGCUGCGGUCCCCACAGUGGGGAAGCCGUUUGAUCCUUUGAUGCAUGAGGCUAUUGCAAGAGAGGAAUCACAAGAGUUCAAGGAAGGAAUUAUAAUCCAAGAAUUCCGUCGAGGUUUUUAUCUGGGAGAUCGUCUGUUGAGACCUGCCAUGGUUAAGGUUUCAUCUGGACCUGGUAAAAAGAAACCUACUCCGGUGGUGCCGGAGCAGUCGCCAGCUUCAGUUGCCGGAGUUGAUAACCUAUAGUUAUACUACACAUUUUUGGGGCAUUCAUCAUUGUCUAGCAUUAAUAUUCUAUUUCAUUAGCCAAGUAUUAUGUGUUACUUUCUUUUUUCAGAGGAUUACUGAUGUAAGAUUAUCUUGUAUUCUUGCAAGGGGUUAAGAAAAAUGUCACUAAUUUGUUCCACAGAGG